AUCUUUGCAGUUGGUGAUUUGCAAAUUUAUGAUUGCUUUAGAGUAAUUAUCUCGGGAGGGAAGGGGAUCAGGGAAAUUCUUCAGAAAGGAAUUUUUGUUGGGAAUUUCCAGGGCUGAACGCAAGGGCUUCCGCUAAAUUCUCGUAAUCCUCUUCACUUCAGAGAUAUUUGGAGGUCUGCAGCUGCCUCCCACUCAUGGCAGAGUUCUAUCAAGCAAUCAUUUAUACGUCAACAGAUUUUCACACUUGCAUCCACACUUCAACAGUGAACUGUUGAAACGAGACACGUCAACGCAGCCAUUGCCUUUCGAAACGUCAAAUGAACCGCAACGAACGACGUAAUACAAUCUACCCAAACAUUUCUACAGCUUUCUAUCUUUAUUUACCGUGGGAAUCUCUCGUAGUUCUGGAGAUAUUCAUGUGCGCUGAGGGCGCCAGGGGGUCAUAAACAUUCAAGAUGUCGUCAGCGUUAGAGAACCUAGAGAAUCAGCUCGAGAAUUUCAUCGAAAAUGUCAGAAGAAUUCGCAUUAUCGUCAGUGAUGUUCAGCCACAAGGACAGACAGUUCUCAACAGCAAAAUUCAAGCCCUCGUAACUGGACUUCAGGAAAUUGAUAAGCUCAAAUCUCAGGUUCAGGAUGUUCAUGUGCCCUUGGAAGUCUUCGAUUACAUCGACCAAGGCAGAAAUCCCCAGCUUUACACAAAGGACUGCAUCGAGAAAGCACUGACGAAAAACGAGCAGGUCAAAGGAAAGAUCGAUGCAUACAGAAAAUUCAAGGCCAACAUGCUCGUCGAGCUCAAUCGUGUCUUCCCCAACGAAUUAGCCAAAUAUCGACAGAUUCGUGGAGACGAAUAAAUUAUGUACAUCUGUUUUUGUCAGAACUAUGUUGCGGUACAAUAAGCAUAACUCUACCUGUAUUUAUAAUGAUUUACGAAUAGUUCAGAAAAUUGUGUAAGAUAAUACAAUAAAUUUUCUAUCAAAUGUAAUCAUUUGGACAUGGACCCACGGGAAAUGAGCAUCUGAAUGAACUCUUUUACGUAAAAUUUAUAUCUGAAUAACUUUUCUUAUUUGCCAAUCUGCAUCACAGUGAUAAUAUGUAAUAAGUCUUUUUUUGUCAUUUUGUCAGCAGUGAACACAUUUCAAUAAUCAAUUGUUUGGUCAAUCAUCAAUUAAA